UAACAUUCAUUAACAGUUUAGGAUUCACUUUGGUGCGUGACGUUGUUUAAACUAGCUGUUUCCAAAAAUAAAAUGCUUAAAUAUCGUUUAUUAGUCUUUACCCUUUUUGCGGUAAUUAAUUAUUGUUACUCAACUGUAUAUUUAGACGAAAAAUUUUUGGAUGACUCUUGGAAGGAUAGCUGGGUAUAUAGUAAACACCCAGGAAAAGAAUUUGGAAAAUUUGUUUUGAGUUCUGGAUCUUUCUACAAUGAUGUGGAAGCCGAUAAAGGCUUACAGACAUCUCAGGAUGCUAGGUUCUAUGCUGCUUCCAAGAAAUUUCCUCCAUUUUCAAAUGAAAAUAAACCACUUGUAAUCCAGUUUUCUGUUAAACAUGAGCAGAAUAUCGAUUGUGGCGGUGGAUAUGUAAAACUCUUUGACUGCUCUCUGGAACAGGAAGACAUGCAUGGCGAAUCUCCAUAUGAAAUUAUGUUCGGUCCAGAUAUUUGUGGACCAGGCACAAAAAAAGUCCAUGUUAUAUUCAGUUACAAAGGCAAAAACCUUUUAAUUAACAAGGAUAUUAGGUGCAAAGAUGAUAUCUACACCCAUUUCUAUACUCUUAUAGUAAAACCUGAUAAUACUUACGAAGUGUUAAUUGACAAUGAAAAGGUAGAAUCAGGAAAUCUUGAAGAUGAUUGGGACUUUUUGCCACCAAAGAAAAUAAAAGAUCCUAAUGCAAAGAAACCUGAAAACUGGGAUGAUAGGCCAACAAUUGCUGACCCUAAUGAUAAAAAACCAGAAGACUGGGAUAAACCAGAACAUAUACCUGAUCCUGAUGCCACAAAGCCAGAAGAUUGGGACGACGAGAUGGAUGGAGAAUGGGAACCACCUAUGGUUGAUAAUCCCGAGUACAAAGGAGAAUGGCAACCGAAACAACUUGAUAACCCCGAUUACAAAGGCGCAUGGGAGCAUCCAGAGAUCGAUAAUCCUGAUUAUACUCCUGAUUCAAAUUUGUAUUUACGCAAAGAAAUAUGUACAAUUGGAUUGGAUUUGUGGCAAGUUAAAUCAGGAACAAUCUUUGACAACAUUCUUAUAACUGACGAUAUUGAGUCGGCAUCAAAAAUUGCAUCUGAAGUUAAAACUACACAAGCAGGUGAAAAAAAAAUGAAGGAAGCUCAGGAUGAAGAGCAAAGAAAAAAAGACGAAGAAGAAAAUAAGACAAAUGAUGACGAAGAUGAAGAUGAUAAAGAUGAUAUUUCACCUGAAGAUCAGUCUAGCGAACACGAUGAGUUAUAAGUACAUACAUAUAUAAAAUAUCCUAAUAACCUUAGAAUCAAAUGCUUAUUAUCUAGUAUUUGAAAAUAUUACAAAAGACUUAAUAAAAUAUUUUUUAUUUAUUACAAAAAAA